AACAAAAUAGUCUGCUUUUUAAAACAACUUUUUCCAUAUUCAAACCUCCCCCUUUUUUCUCUCUCUUUCUCUCUCUUCACUCCUUCAAAUCUCCAUUUCAAUCUCUCUCUUCAACCUUUUUCCCUUCAAUUUUUACUAAAUCAUUUCCAUAAUCAUCCCCUCUUCUAUUUAUUUUCUUUUAAAUAUUUCUUUCAAUUUAUAGUACUGUAUUUCCUGUACUUCAUCUUCUUUUCUGCUAAUUUCAUUAAAUUCUUACUACAAUCACACUUUUAAAUUCCUCGAUUUCCUUUUCUUUUUUUCUGGGUUUUCUGGGAGUUUUUUUUGAAUUUUUAAAAAUUUCCCAGAAAAUUUUCGUGAAUUUUGGGGGUUGAAGAAGAAGAUGAUGAUCAGAGACUUUGAUCGAAGAACAAAUAUCUCAGCCGUUUGAUCAACUUGGAACUUUUUAGGGUUUUUCCCUGCUCUUUAGGGUUUUGGGUCAUCAUUUCAGGUGGCUUUAUAAAUUUAAAGAAUAAGUCAGGAAUAUGGUGCACUCUGCUGAACGACCGAAAAAUACAGAUUCUCCUAAGAGUGGAGUAGGAGAGAUAGAUACCAGGGCUCCAUUUCAGUCUGUCAAAGAUGCUGUCAACUUAUUUGGUGAGGUUGCCUUUUCCGGAGAAAAACCUGCAAUUAAGAAGGCAAAACCACAGUCAGCAGAGAGAGCUCUGGUUAAGGAGACAGAACUUCACCUGGCUCAAAAGGAGCUAAACAAGUUAAAGGAACAACUAAGAAAUGCCGAAGAUACCAAAGCAGAAGCACUUGUAGAACUUGAGAAAGCUAAGAAAACUGUGGAAAGUUUAGCACAUAAGCUCAAAUAUUUAAAUGAAUCCAAAGAAGCUGCUAUUCAAGCUACAGAAACUGCAAAACAACACGCAAAGCAGCUUGAAGAUGCGAACAGUGCCAAGCAAGCUGUGACCAAUGGUUUCCAUAAAGAAGAAUCUGGAGAUACAAAAGAAAAGUAUACGACUGUUAUCUCAGAACUUAAUGCUGCCAAGCAAGAGUUAGCAAAAGUUCGUCAGGAUUAUGAUACUUCUUUGGAAGCAAAGGCUACUGCCCACAAGCAAGCUGCAGAAGCUGAGCAUGCUGCAAAAGCAAACACAGAACGGGCUUCCGAACUUUCGAAAGAAAUUUUUUCUCUCAAGGAAACAAUUGAGCAAGUAAGGCAGGCUUCAAUUUCAGCUCAUCAGGAGCAAGCAAGCAUCUUCUCUGAGAAAGACCUUGAGAGACGAUCUUACAAAGCCAGAUUAGAGGAGUCUGUGAAGAAGUUGCAGGAAAUGAAGAAAGAGUUUGAUCCUGAACUUUCCAAAGACCUGGAGGGAAAACUGGCAGAAGCAUUGGGUGAAAUUGAGGUUUUAAGAAAGGAAGUGGAAAAUGCCAAGGCAUCAGAUGUAGAUUCUGUGAGAACGGUCACUUUGGAGCUGGAUGAUGCCAAAGAAUCCCUGCAAAAGGUGUUGGGAGAGGGAAGUGCCCUUCAGAGCCUGGUGAAUUCUCUAAAAGAGGAACUAGAGAAUUUGAGAAAGGAGCAUGUAGAACUGAAAGAGAAGGAAGCAGAGACGGAAUCCAUUGCUGGAAAUCUGCAUGUUAAGCUCCGGAAAUGUAAGUCAGAGCUUGAGGCUUCCCUUGAAGGAGAAGCUAAAGCUAGCGGAGCUUCAGACGAAAUGAUUGCAACAUUGAAACAAUUAACAGAAGAAGCUGAAAAUGCUAGACGUGAAGCAGAAGAGAUGAAGACCAAGGCUGAAGAGCUUAAAAAGGAAGCUGCUGCCACCCGGAUCUCUCUAGAAGAAGCCGAGGAAAAGUUGAAAUUGGCACUUGAAGAAGCAGAGGAAGCAAAAGCUGCUGAAGCAAGUGCCCUUGAUCAGAUUCAGGCUUUGUCUGAACGAACAGAUGCUGCUCGUUCCUCAACCUCCGAAUCGGGUGCCAAAAUCACGAUCUCACGGGAUGAGUUCAAGGCUUUGAGCAGGAAGGCAGAGGAAUCUGAGAAGCUUGCAGAGAUGAAGGUAGAAGCUGCAAUGGCACAAGUGGAGGCUGUGAAGGCGAGUGAGAAUGAGGCAGUCAAGAGGUUGGAAGCUUCUCGGAAGGAGAUAGACAAUAUGAAGGCUGCAACACAGGAAGCGAUAAAGAAGGCUGAGAUGGCUGAGGCAGCCAAAAAGGCUGUGGAGAGUGAGCUUCGGAGAUGGAGAGAGCGAGAGAAAAAGAAGGCAGCUGAGGCUGCAUCCCGCAUUUUGGCAGAGACCCAGGCUGUGCAAGCACAGGUUCAGUCACCUAUGCAGACACGCACACAUAUGAUGUCAACCAAGUCAGGGCCUGUUGACUACAAGUUUCAAGUACAAUAUGCUUCAGAACAGGCUAAUGGGGGGAAGAAUUUGGAUAAACCGAAAACUUCAGUGUCAAAGAAAGUACUCUUGCCUAAUCUCAGUGGCAUAUUUCACAAGAAGAAAAGUCAAGCAGAAGGUGGAUCGCCAUCUUAUCUUCCCGAUGAGAACUGAAUUAUUUGACGUUUUGUGAUAUGGUGAAGGAAACUUCUGCUGCAUUUUGGAUACGUGUACAUUUUGGUAGGAAUGUGUUAUAAUUUGUCAUUAUGUGGUGAGGACAUGAAUAUGGAUGUGAAAGCAGUUAGUCAUCCAAAGGUCAUUGCUGUAUAGAACCAAGGUACUUAAUAACUUGCUUGAAUUAGUGUAGGUCAUUGUAUGUUAAUCUAUGCUUAUUGAGUGCAUGGAAUAUGGGGCAUGAAAUGCCACAUCCUUCUCAUUACGAAGAGCUUUAGUUUCCGCAAUCAAAAUGGAUGCUGUUCCUAGA